AUGUCGGAUUACGAAGGACUUGAAUACUUGGAGCCUGGCUUUGAGCCCGCCAGCCUUACCGUCCCGAGGUUGCGAUCAAUUUUCGUAACGCACGAUAUCACAUACCCUGCGAAUGCCAAAAAAGCACAACUGCUUCAGAUAUUUGAGGAUGAAGUCAAACCAAAGGCAAAGAAGAUCCUCUCUGUUCGAGCACGAGCUCGUCGGACCAGUCGAGGAAUCACCGAUGCAGAGUCACAAGAUAGCACAGUAACCGAGGAAAAUUUGGAGGAGGAAGCCAUGCCACCACCGCCGACCCCGCGCACGACCAGAAGAAAGCCAUCAAGAUUGCGAUCGGAAGAGGUGGAGUUGGAACCCGAACUCCCUCGUGCGAGAACUAGAAGUCCUACCAAAAAGUUAGCACCCGCGAAAACUAGGCAAACGAGGACCUCAGACACCAAUACAAGCGCGGAUCCAGAUGCAGAGCAGCGGACUGUGAGGAGGGUCCGAAAAAGCGAGGCACCCGGGGCAGUUGUGCCAGUUCACAAAAUCAAACUAGAAGACUCUGACGACGCCCCGACAGUAUCCAAACGUCGCGAGAGUGCUUUCACAUACGAUAACCCUUUUCAGAGUGGAAGCUCACCUCUUUCUGAAUCAAGAAGCACAAGCGGGGAGAGGAGGCGAAAGUCUGUAGGGACAGCUAUCAGCACUCGAAAAUCCACUUCGUCGACAAGACGAAAGACGGAUGGACCAGUCCCGUCAACGUCUGCUGCCUUCCAAAUUCCAAUCAGUGAACUUGAAAGCCUCAAGCAUGUAGACGAGAAUGGCGUUGUCGCUAGUGAAGAGUUCACGCCAGAAGAGCAGCUAGAAAUAUCCCAAGAGCUGGCAGUAAAAGGCGUAGACGCCCUUGGUCCGAGAAGAGUUAAACCUCAGCAGCGACGAGCUUUCAACAUGAGCGGGCCUAUCUGGCUGGCGAUCGUCGUCCUUCUUGGAGGUUAUGCUACAUGGUAUAGCCAGGAGAAGUUUGCAGUUGGAUAUUGUGGUGUUGGCCGAGAUGCGGUUCAAGUGCUUCCUGCGAAUGUCGAAGUUCCUGAUUGGCUUCAAGUGCUCGUAGAGCCUCAAUGCGAGCCAUGUCCUCGACAUGCUCAGUGUUUCGAGAAACUAAAGACGGAAUGCGAGGGUGAUUACCUGCUCAAGCAACAUCCUCUCGCCUUGGGUGGCCGCAUUCCCAUUGCUCCUACGUGCGAGCCAGAUGGAGAGAAGGCACGGAAAGUGAAGGCUGUGGCGGACAAAGCUGUUGAAGAGCUUCGGGAGCGGAGAGCAAAGUUCGAAUGUGGGGACCUGACAACUGAAGCUGGCCUAGCAAAACCAACUGUGAAAAUCGACGCGGAAGAAUUGAAGACGGAAGUAAGCAAGAAACGCUCCAAGAAGAUGGGCAAGGCCGAGUUUGAAGAAUUGUGGGCGGGUGCCAUUGGAGAAAUUGAGGGCAGAGAAGAAGUUACUAAAACAGAUGAUGGAAACCGAACGCUUCUCGACAGUAACUCACUCGCCCGACUUUCUUUCUCCUGUGCAGUCAAACGACAAUUUAGACACACAUUGGCAGCAAAUCGCCUCGUCAUUAGUGCUGUAAUCGGAAUGUUAUCGUUUGGUCUUUAUCUUCGUUCGGCCUACCGUUCACGAGCAGCCACAAAGGCUUUAGUCCCUCAUCUUGUCUCGUUAACGCUGGAUAGACUUGCGACACAAGCACAUUUACAUGUCCAAGACCGAGAGACCUUCCCAGAGAACUGGAUCAGUAUUGGUCAGCUUAGAGACGACGUCUUGAGAGACCAACAUAGUCUCAGUAAGCGAGAGGCUUUGUGGAAGAAAGUCAGAGCUGUUGUUGAGAUGAAUGCAAAUGUUCGCGCAUCUCAACGUGAAAGCCCGAGUACUGGGGAAGUUAGCCGAGUUUGGGAGUGGAUAGGAGCCGUCGGUGCAUUGGAGAGUGGAGAAAAGCGCCGCAAAUCUGGCAGAGUCAGUUGGGGUGUAUACGACGAGGCAAGUAGUCCUGUUAGUGGCACUGAUGCUGGUCCGGAAAUCGUCCGGCAGAAGUGGGAGGAGAAUCGACCGAUCUACUAG